AGCUGUACCUGGCCGAGAACCUGGUAUAAGAAUGAACCUCUCGGCAGGAGAGAGCGCCACACCGGAGCGGGGGGAUCUGGUGGAGAUUUUCCUGCCCCCUCUCGGACUGAUUCUGGUGGGGUUUCUUGCACUAAGUUCUUUGGUAGUCUGCACAUCCGGAUUCCGUAGGCAGUUCCGGUUCAGGACCAGAUGCGUCAGUCCCUCUUUCUGUCACGCAAGUUUAACAAGUCUAUCGUCCACUUCCGUUUUGCACGACUUCCGCAACCGAUCUCCAGAAGAAGACAAUGUAAGAUUCUACACAAAACGUGACAUUCGUGUACUGGAACAUUUUCAGUUAUACCAAAACAAUCCAAAAUAUUUAUUCAAGAUUGGAAUACCAACUGUUACGUCAUUGAUAUUUUGUCCAAUCAUAAUGGCUGUUUACAAACCAACUGCAAGCUUUCUGUGGCCAAAUCGAACGCAGCCCGCCAUCAACGAAGCGAUCGCCUGCUUUCUAGCCCCAGCGGGCAUGGUGUACGCAGUUUCGUUUGGUUUUGCCUUUCAGCAAGUUCUUCAGAAACAACUCGACAUAACGGCUAGAUUGAACAAUGAUUUUUCCGAAAUGGAACUUUUGAUGAAAUUAACAAAGAAAUUAACGUGUUUGAAAUCAACAACUCGAAUGAAGAUGUAUCUUGCGUUGAAAGAGGAAAUAAUGACAGUCAUCCAAUACAUUACAGAGAUGCCAAGUGCUCAAAACAACAAAGAAGGGGCUAUUUGGGACAUAGUUGACCAUCUUCGAGAAAUUCCAACACAGAAACACAACGUGGACAGAGCGAUCAUACAUGAUAUAGUCAAGUAUGUGGGCAGUCUCAACAGCAUAGUGGACAAAGUGGGCACACUGCACGCCAAGAUACACCCAUUACAGUGGGUGUUUUUGGAGGUCCUCAGUUUUUCCUCCUUUCUGGGGAUCCAGAUGGUGAAGUGUGAGUCCUACCGUCUGGAGAUGUGCAUGAGCUUUGUCACGUGUCUCUCCAUCUCCAUGUCAUGUUACAUUGUGGCGGACAUAGAUAACCCGUUCCAUGGAUUCUUCAGAAUCGAACUCAAAAGUGUCUUGACUAUCUUAGAAAACCUUGCAGUGUGUUUUCACGAGGAACUGAUGACAGAUAUCAAGCCUGAACACAUAUAGGAGCGAAUUUAUGGACUAGCUCAAUAGAGUAACAAAACAAGGGACAUAACUCGUCAGUCGGUUGA